AUGUCGCACAACGGGAAAUUGAUGCCCAAUCUGGAUGAGAAGACGACCAAGAUGCUCAAUCUGACGGUGCUCCAGCGAAUAGAUCCGCUGGUUGAGGAAAUUCUCAUCACCGCCGCUCACGUCACCUUCUACGAAUUCAACAUCGACAACAGCCAGAAUACUCAGCCGCGUUUCCAGUUUAUAGUAAUGAAUCGUCGGAACACUGAUAAUCUGGUGGAGAAUCUCUUGGGAGAUUUUGAGUAUGAAGUGCAGGUUCCGUAUCUAUUAUAUCGAAAUGCUUCCCAAGAGGUAAAUGGUAUAUGGUUCUAUAAUGCACGAGAGUGUGAAGAAGUUGCAAACUUAUUUAGCAGGAUACUUAAUGCAUAUUCCAAGGUGCCUACAAAGUCUAAAGUGUCUCCUACAAAAAGGUAA